AUGAAGUAUGGGGACACCUUGCGACAGCGUUCGAUUCCUGAGUGGGCCAAUUACAACGUCGACUACGACGAGAUAAAACUCUUGAUCAAAGAACACACAACGCCAGGCAAAGGCAAAGCGGUAUCCAUACCUGGUCAGGGGAACAUUACGGAAACGCAGUUCGAGGACAAUCUCUAUGCCGUCUUCGUUGAGGAACACCAGCGCGUGGACCUCUUCGUCAAGAGCAAGUCGGGCGAGAUCGAGAGACGCCUGGACCACCUCAACAAGCAAAUUCGCCGACUCCAACCACGCGAGCCCUUGGUUGCGCCUAGCCGGAUACCUGCCAAACGCCUGGAACGAUAUGCAAGGAUUGAAGAAGAGGUCCUUAGGGCCGGUGACGACCUCCGAUCGCUCGCUCGAUUCGUCAGCGCCCAGCGUCUGGCUUUUACCAAACUCCUGAAGAAAUACAAGAAAUGGACUCGAUCGGACACAUUGGGCAGUCGGGUCAGGCAAGACGUACUGAACAAGCCUGAAUCAUUCACGAACUUGGAUAUUGGGCCGCUGUUGGAGUACUAUUCAGACAUUCUUGAGGCUGUAAGAGCGCCGUUCCAGGCGGCUACUCGAACAGCCCAACACAAGAAUGGGAAUGCAGAACCGACGUCCGCAAAGGCUGGGCCAGGCUCCGGAACAAGGCGUGAGUCAUCGACAACCAUUACGAUCCAGAUACAGACUGCUGUAGCGGAAGGCACAGACCUGGACUUCGAUGUAGCGUUUGACACGCUACCCCUGGGGCAUUCUGGAAACAGAGCUCUAUAUUGGGUGCAUAUGGACAACCUGGUUGAGCUGCAAGUGCUCUUGCUGCAGCAUAUGCGAUUGCAGAGUAGUAGCGCCAUCAGCGAUGGCGAGGACAAUACCGGCACGUCCAUGACAAAAGCUGCAUGUACCGCAAGAUGGACUCAAGCAGACGCGCUUGCUGCUGUCACCAUAUCCCCUGAUCAGGCUACACCCGAACUGCGUGAGACACAGCCUGCAAAACUGAAGCGCAAGCACCUCGCCGCCUUCCUUGACCUUGGAAGACCUUUCAAUGUCCGGCAACCCUCGGACCAAUCUCCUACUGGGGACGACAACGACCCUCCAACCCCAACAGGAGGGACUUCGGUAGAAAGUGCGAGGAGGUGGCUUGUCGCGCAUCCCCAGGUCGAACCCCUCGUGGAAGUCAGCGCAAACCGCUCCCGCUUCAUUGGCCUAGUGAACUCAUCGAGCAACGGAGCAUGGGCUACCCUGGACAGGAACAUCAGCAUGGAAAGAUCAUCACGCGCCAAAUUGAAGCGGACUAACACUACGCAUACCACUGACUCGGUGCUGGGCUUUCCUUAUGCUGUUCUCCAGAUUCGUCGGGAAGGUGAUAAUGCCCCAAAGCUGAUAAAGCUUCUCGAUUCUAGCCACUUGACGGAACGUGUACGUGGCUUCUCGCUAGAAGCUCACGCGGUAUGGGCCUGCUGUAGGCCCAAGACCAUGCAGUCGCCAUUCUGGUUACCCUUGUUGGCGAAAGACAUCCGCAAGUUGCCCGAAGGUAACACGAAGCGACGGCGGCUUGCAGGAAGCGCACAAUACUCCUCCUCUGGAGGCCCCUCAACCUCAGCGACAGAAGUCGACACAAGCGCAAGUACGCCAAUGCAAGUGAGCUCUCCAGCAACAUCGGUGCCUGAUCUGCCAGCAACAGCACUACUCAGCGCAUCCAAGAAGAGACGCAAAGCGACCUUUGAGCCAGGUGUCCUCGCGAAAGACCUCGACGGCGCCGCGACCGCUCCCGCCCCCCGGUAUUGGAGCGAAUACGAUCAUCCCGAGGACGGAUCGGAUGACGACACCUAUGUACUCUACAUCGACCCCAAUGCACGUUCCAAAUUCCCUGGCCAGGAUUCCUUAAGCAGACUUUUUAGAAAGACAAGAUCAUAUUUCCGGCGCAAGCCAUUAGAAAGCAGCAGGCCGCUCCUGUCGCGCGGCUCCAGCACCGCUACCGCAAAUAGCGAUGGUGACGACUCGUCCAUCUCCGAUGGCGAAGCCGCCAGCACGAUCAAAGGCCGCACUUACGGGACUAUGCCUCCCGGUUCCACGGUGGCGAAUGUCGCCCCACCAACUGGUUUCUUUAACCGCGUGACGGGCUUACUGCGAAGUGGUAAUCCAUCAUAUUCUCAGCACCGCAGCAGCGCACAUCGGUCCUUUUUACCCCCGGUCGAGAGCAGUCAGCACCAAGAGCGGGAGCACAUCAAAGUAUAUCUGUCUUUCACUUCUCUGCUCUCAUCACUCAUCAUCGCCAUCAUCACCACUUCCCUCGCAGCCACAGGCCGGCGCAAGAAGGUCAAAGAGGUCGAUGCAGGCAUCGUCUUUGGCGUGGUUGCGUCCGCCGUAUUCGCUUUUGCCGGUGUUGCGUGGUGCUUGAGUAGACGGCACACUGCCGGCUGGUCGUAUAGCAUUCUAGUUGCGGUGGUGUUCGUGGGCGUUUGCAUUGCGGAUGGCAUGUUGUUAGCUUGGAUGGUUACUUGA